AUGAACCGAAGAGUAAAGGAGGUACAAACCAACAUGUGGGGGCCAAAGCCAAGAUCUUCCUUCAUCAAACGCGAUCCAACAUUCAUCGUUCAUUCUUGUUUGAAAGGAGCUUCGACAUGGAUCCAACACGACGAAACAGAAACAGAUUUUACUGAUUCAAUUAACUCAACUCGAAUUUCACUCUCCGAUUGCUGUCAUCAUGAGCUUCUGAAUAGCUCAACGGAGGUCGCAGAUGGUUUACAGAAAACGCUAAGCAGAUCGAAGACAAAAAGCUUACCAAAUGAGUUUCUAGCGCGGUGGAUCUCCGGCGAGCUAAAGACUUUGCUCAAGGAAUGCUAUGAACUUAUGGCUUUGGUGAUGAAGCAAACGAGCUCAUGGAAUUGUGCAAUGAAUGUGGAGCUGUUGGAACUUUUGCAGGGCCUUAUUGCAAGGGAGUCUAGGACUUGGAUUGGCCAUGAAGUGGGGGUUGACUUUAGAUGUAGGAAUUUUAUGUCAUGAAUUUGUAAAAUUGUUAAUAAAAAAGUAGCAAAUUGCAUGAGUUAUGCAAUGAUUUUUAGAUGAUGAGCUAUGUAAUGAAUCAUGUAAUGAGCAAUGUGUAUAUUGAAUCAAUGUUUUGGAUUUUGGUUGUGAAAUGAAUGUUAUUUGUGAUUGAAAUUGAA